AUGUCGGCUGAUUUCUGGGCUGGCUAUCUCAGCGGAAUAGUCGGCAUUGUAGUAGGCAACCCUCUCGACAUUGAAAAAGUACACCAACAAACGAGAAGCAAUGUUGCCCGGAAAUUAUAUAGCCAGAGCUCGGUGGCCUUUAUGAAAGGCACUGCCGCUCCCAUAUUCGGGUACGGGGCUCUGAAUGCGCUGCUGUUCUACUCAUACAACCGGUCCGAAGCAAUUCUGAAAAAGGUGGCAUCGACCCCGGAUGCCGGGUGGGUUACAUGGACAGCCGGAGCAGUGAGCGGCCUGGGAGUAUGGAUAGUCAGCGCUCCAACCGAGUUAAUCAAAUGCCGGGCACAAAUGUCCACGCCAGCCACAUCGAGCUGGGCGAUUUUGAAGCAGAUAUGGAGGAGAGAGGGUGUGAAGGGCCUCUACUAUGGCGGGGUUGUCACAGCGCUUCGGGAUAGCAUCGGCUAUGGCUUUUACUUUUGGACAUACGAAUUGGCUCAUCGCCACUGGCCUGCUGCUCAAGAGCAGGACAACGUUGCGUCCGGGCGACGAGAUACGUCAAAGGUAUUGGUUUGUGGUGGGAUUGCAGGAAUUGCCACUUGGGCCAGUGUGUUUCCUCUCGACGUCAUCAAGUCGCGCCUACAGACACGAACGAGCACGGCGAGCAAGAGUAACAGGCGGUAUGGAGCAUGGCAGGUGAUGAGGGAUACUUACCGAGAGGGCGGAAUCCGUCCCUUUUUCCGAGGCCUAUCAAUCUGCAGUGUCAGAGCCUUCGUGGUGAAUGCCUUUCAAUGGGCUGUAUACGAGUGGAUCAUGAAUGAAGUAAAUAUAGGCAAUAAAGAUCAAAUGAAAAUGCUCGCGGAGGCUUAA